GGGCAGCCUACCAGAAAUCCCGCCCCUCCUGAGGGCCGUACCAUGCGUGCAGUACCGCGGCACUUCCGGCUGUGGCCAUGGUGACGGGGGCUGCCAGGAAGGCUGUUCAGAAAGGAAGACUCAUGGACCUCACAUCCACUGUCAUCAUCCCGCUGCUUUUUGGCAGCCUGGGGAUCUUCUCCCUUUUCCGGCUGCUGCAGUGGAUGCGGAUGCGCGCUUACCUCCGAGGAGCAGUGGUGGUGAUCACAGGGGCCACCUCUGGCCUGGGGAAAGAAUGUGCAAAGGCCUUCCAUGCAGCUGGCUCCAGGCUGGUGCUCUGCGGCAGAGACAGUGAGAAACUCAAAGACCUGGCACAGGAACUUUCUGCCAUGACCGAUCACCGAAAGAACAUGCACAAACCUCACACUGUGGUGUUUGACCUCUCGGACACUAAAACCAUUCUAAGUGCUGCUGUAGAGAUUCUGAAGUACCUGGGUCACGUGGACAUACUGAUCAACAAUGCAGGCAUCAGUUACCGAGGCACAAUUGUAGAGACAGGUCUGGAUGUGGACAAGAAAGUGAUGGAAACCAAUUAUUUUGGUCCCAUAGCCCUCACCAAAGCACUUCUCCCUUCCAUGAUCAAGAGGAGACAGGGCCAUAUUGUGGCCAUCAGCAGUGUUCAAGGCAAAAUAAGCAUUCCUUUCAGAUCAGCAUAUGCUGCCUCUAAGCAUGCUACCCAGGCCUUCUUUGAUUGCCUGCGAGCAGAGGUUGAGCAGUAUGACAUUGAUGUGACGGUUAUAAGCCCUGGAUACAUUCAAACAAACCUUUCUCUCAAUGCUGUCACAGCAGAUGGAUCUCGCUAUGGAGAAGACACACUGAGGGUUAAGGCGGCUCUGUGGAACAGCACCACUACGUGCAACCGCUUGGGAAGGAAGAAAGGCUGAGCUGAGCUCCCAGCAAUGACACCAUGGAGGAUUUCUAGAGCAUCUCAGCACCGUCAGGGUGGCACUGUCCCACCAGUCAUACUUCUGCUCACUCAGAUCUUGCUUGUUCUUCCUUCCCAACAUCCCACCUUACCUUCACCGCACUGCACACAAGCAGAGCCAUAUCACAAGCCACAGCCUCCUGCCAAAGAAAGCAGGCGCUCAGACAUGAGCCAGAGGCAGCACCGACCAUCUCUCCUGGAGCUCUGUGGCUUUUCAAAAAUAAAGCCAAAAAAUAAAAACUGUCCUUCUAAGCAAAGAGAAAAAGCAGAGCUUAAAAUAUUUUCUGCUGAAAAAAAUCAUAGGAAACUGAAUUGCAUAAAGAUUUCAUCACUUCUGGCAAAGUCUGCCCGCCUCACUGUGCUUCUUCUCCAGAACAGCCCCAACACUGGAGCAAAUUUCUACCGUGGUGCUGGAGUCACAACAGACAAGGUGGACCAUCAAGAAAUAAAGAGCAAAGAAGGAAAAAUUAGUCAGCAAUGCAAGAGCAGGGUCUCCACUUCUGUAACAGAACUGGUGGGACAGUGCAUAUUAUUUCUAAUAAGAACUGGUUGCCCCGGAGGAAGGAAAGCUGAAAUCCCAAUGCAGCUGAGACGCAUGGGCUGAAUGCAGGCUUGAAACGUUUUCAGAGCUUGCUGGCAUGCAGAGCAGAACCAGGGACCCCAAGCCAGAUCUCUCCUGACACAGCCUUUCAGCUGAACACGGCAGUUGCACAUGAACAAACCCAAUCAAAGCACUUGGAUUUGCUGAAAUGCUGCAGGCUGCACAGUCUGCCUUCCAGUGCCUGCCAUGCUGCCCCCCUCCCCACCCCCAAAGCCAUGACAAAAAUGCAGAACUAUGCAAUCCAUCCAGACUGGCAUCCACCAGCUGGGAAGUACUGCUCACUUUACAUAGCUCCUUUUUACUAAAAAGCUUCAUCAAUAACCAGUGUGAGAGAGGAUCGAGUCUCCAAAGUCCCAACGGUUCAGAAGCCCAGCAGACCACAACCUAAAAGCAGCCGAUGAUUUUAUUCACUCGAAUUCUUUCUAAAAGGUUGCACAUGAAUCCCACAAGAGCAGUUCUGGAUCUUACAUCCAAGUACUACCUCAUACAUUCUACUCCUGAGAAACUCAGCAUGCCUGACGCCAGCUGCAAACUGCACCUCACUUUUUGCUCUGGUGGCUCCACUUUCUUUUGUUAUGGUCUGGUGAUGUUCCCUUACUGUUAUCACCCCCUACCAAGGCUGCUUGAAGAUCACACUCAUGUUCUGCUGCUCUCCUUGGCCUGGGUUUCAGGGCCUCCAACCAUUUCAACUCCACACAAUGCUCAGGGUCACGGUUAAAAACAAUCUCCAUCUGCACAAAGGCUGGGUGUCCCUCCGUGCAGAGGUUUUUGUUUUUAAAAGAAGGAUGAUCCUGACAACAGUAUUGCUCACAGCACCAAACAUGCAUUCAGAAGAACUAUAAAUGAAGACAAACCAGUCUGAUUAGUACUUAAAUAAAUAAAUAAGCAGGGAGAGGCUUGCAGCAGCGUGAUAACACUUGUCACAAGCAGCACACGCAGAAGACCUGGAGCAGCAGAGCAAUGCAGGGGCCUGAUGCUGGCUGUGUGCUAACUGCAGGAACAAGCACAUUACAGAUGGCCAGAGCACACCCACCUGGGGGCCAUCAUUAGAUCUCAUCUAAGUCUAUGUCAAAAAAGUUGACAAAUUUGUUGACAAAGGCAACAAAUUCAUACUCAAAUACACUGAGCUUCCCUCGGUCACUUAAAUCCUUCUCAGAAUUUCAGGUAAAAAAUGAACUGUGUUUGGCUUUGAGCUGAAGCAUUCCUGCUGAGACCUACAGUUGUAUUUGACAACACUGUUUUUCUGCCCAAGACAGCUCCAGAGCAUGGGACACACAAAGCACUAACAAAUCCAAGCUGAAACACCCCAACAGUCGUUUCCCCACGAUCUGCCAGUCUCAGGCCAUUAACCAUUGCUGUCAGGUUUCAAGGCCAAUUGAACAGGCUGGUGAUGGCUGCACUGAAGUGGAGGAAGAGCAGGAAAAGCACAGCAGUAAAUGCAAGACCUCCAAUCAAAGGCUGUGCCUUAAAUACCAAUAGGAGAGAACAGGAGAACGUAAGUGUGAUCUUCCAGCAGCCUUGUCGAGGGAAGACAACAUGAAGGGAAACAUCACCAAACCAGAACAAAACAAACUCUAGCCACCAGAGCAAGAAGAGACGUCAUUUUGAAGCCAACUAAUGAUUAGCUAGGCUAAUGGAAACAGGUCAAUCAUUGCUGUAAGCAAACAGAGUACCAGAAAUCUGAGCAGCACAGGUAGAGAAAGGAGAGAGCUCCUGAAGGGUGCAGGGAGGCCAGCACAAGCAGCAGUGAUGACAUGAGAGCCUUUCUUUCUGGAGUUUGUUAGCACAUCUCCAAGCAGAACAAAUGGCAUUUUGUCUGGUGUGCUGGCGGUCAUCACACUGCAUUUCACACAAAAACCCCAAGUACAAUUCAGUGUCUGUUCUGUAUAAAAAGUUGUUUUGCUGCACAAAUUAACAAUCCCCUUUAGAUAGUCUCUAUUAAAGAGUCUAUCCAGAAGGAAGAAAAACAAAUAUUUAGUUGGUUCUCUUCAGGUUUUUCCCCACCACCCCCACAGAGCCAGCUGGACUUCACAGCCAACAUCCUUUGAAAUGAAGGUACCUACAUGUAGUCCUAUUGAGAAAAGCACUUUUUGACCAAUUACAGACUUCUUUGUAUCAAUGAAGUCAUUGAGGAAGGGAAACAAAUUUCCACAGGCAGUCGCUGGACUUUUAAAAACGAAUUUAUUUACUUUUAAGUGAAAGCUGGUCAAGCCUCCUUGUAGCAGACAGUAUUUUACUCUUCUGACACCACCUCCCAACACACUGAUGUCUUUUUAGACUAGCUGGCUGACAACUCCAAAAACACCUUGAAGCAGCUCAUUUAUGAGGAAAGCUGGAUUAGCAUACUCAGUUGAAAGGAAUGCAUCCUGGGACAAGAAUCCUGUUAAGAAAACCAUAUUUGUCUUAUAAAAAGCUUGUGUCAUCAUUUGAUGUCAUCAGGUCUGUCAGUGCCACCAUCUCCACAACCUGCCAGCAGCCAAACGACCAGGAGGGGUGAAGGAGAAUUAAACCCUGAUCCAGAGAGGCAGUGGCUCAGUCACACACAUCUGCAGCUCUGCAAUCACAAGGAAGGCAUGCUACCUGGCUGACGUCACCCAGCACCUAUUAAAAGUAUCUUCUGGAAGGUUUGUAUGGGAUGACACUUAACAGAACCACUGACUUCUGAUAAGGAUUGUGUAACGUU